GCCCUGCCCGCAACGCCCCGCCCCUGAGGGGCGCGUCACGACGCCGGCGCCGCCAGCUUUACGGCGGCGCGUAGCAACGGGCCGGUGCCGGGGCGCCGGGACGGGCGGCAGCCGGGGCGCGGGCUAUGAGGCGGCAGGUGAGGGAAGGGUGAGGCAAAAAUGGCGUCACACCACUGCUGUCCUGAGCCCUGUCCCAGCAAGCAGAGGAGAAGCGUCAGAGGGUCUGGUGGCGUAUUGUGACGGCUGAGGAGCCCAGGCCAGCUUUUGAAGCCCCUACCUCCGCAGAAUGGACCCUGUCGUGCUCAGUUACAUGGACAGUUUGCUCAGGCAGUCAGAUGUUGCCUUGCUGGACCCCCCGAGCUGGCUCAACGAUCACAUCAUUGGGUUUGCCUUCGAGUACUUUGCCAGCGACCAGUUCCAGGAAUUUUGUGAUCAGGUGUGUUUUAUUGGUCCCGAAGUGGCUCAGUUCAUUAAAUGUGCCACCAGUCAGGAAGAAGUAGCCAUAUUCCUUCAACCGCUAGACCUUCUCCACAAGAAGCUGGUGUUCUUGCCUAUCAAUGAUAACUCCAACCAGGCUGCUGGAGGCACCCACUGGAGCUUACUGGUUUACUUCAGGGACAAAAAGUACUUCGCCCACUAUGAUUCCCACAGUAAGAGCAACUCUGCCCAUGCCAAGCAAGUGGCAGGGAAGCUGGAGGCCUUCUUGGGCAAAAAAGGGGGCAAAGCAACCUUCAUAGAGGAGAAAGCGCCUGCCCAGCACAACAGCUAUGACUGUGGGAUGUACGUGAUUUGUAACACGGAGGCUCUGUGUCAGGGCUACUUCAAGGGACGUCAGGAGCCUUUGCUGCAGCUCCUCACCCCUUCCUACAUCACGCAGAAGCGAGCAGAGUGGAAAGCCCUCAUUGCUAAACUUGCACAGAAGUGAUCUGGAUGCAGUCCCCACCCCGGCCCCAAACAAUUGCCUUUCCUGCCCGCGAGUCAGCACCCCCAGUGCCUGAGGGAGAUGCCCAUGCGCAGGAUGUUCCCAAAGAAGAAUGUAACCCCUCCAGCAUGGCAACACCCCUGCAAGUACCCUCCCUGGAAAGCCUCAGUCUCCUCUAGGAAUGACUGGCCGUGGGACUAGUAAAGUCACUUUGCUCUCAAUUAAAUCUUCCUGUCAAAGGUGAUUUUUACACUUCUUGCUGUGGCAAAAUGGGCUGCUAAAGAUCCUUCUCCAUCUCCGCCCAGCAGGCAACACACCCUCACAUUAGGUGGCUUUGAUUUGCUCUGGGCAUUGCUGCACUCAACCAGCUUUGGCAAUGUCCUUUAAAACCGAGCCCCAAUUGCUUUAUAAUGGACAUUUCUAAUCUGUGCCUAACGGUACUUGUGAAAUACAGGAUUUAGCAGCAAGGCUGGAGUUGCAGCUGAAAAAUAGAUGCAGAGAUAUUUAUAAAAAAAGAUGAGACUCAAAAAGGAAAGUUAUGAUUAAUUAAAGAAUGGGGGCAAGGAUCUUUUUUUCUUCAUGUAGGUUUUUCUAGGCUGUAUGAAGGUAGCUUUUCUGUCCCCACCCCUGCUUGUUCUUAUUACAUAUUAAAGUCUGACUGAACCAGUGGAAGAUUAAUAGGGAGCUGAGAAAACAAAUCCUAGGAAGGGAACCUUAAUUGAGAUGGAGAGUGACAUCCAUUCUUUGAAGUGUUUUUUGUUACAAUUUUAGGUCAUCUCCAUUCUGCUGUGGGGGGGAGGCAGUCUUCAGCGUUCCCCAACUCUCGUUAUCAUUUGCUACGCUUAGAAUAUAUGAGACAGUUGCUGUUUCCUCUAGCACAGAAACAGAUCUUAUAUUCUCAAGAUGAAAAACAUACCAAGGAGAACAAAGGAGCAGAAUUUGAGGUAUAAAAGACAAAAAUAACUGCAGUAUCCUUGUAGCUCAAGACGUUAGUCCUUAAUAUACUUGUCUGCCUCAUGAUUGGUUUAUUCAAAACAUACUUUUCCUCCAGUGCUGGAUUAUGGCUGGGAUCUAAGAGCCGAUCCUCUUAUCAAAAGACAGGAUUGGCAGUGGAAAAAAAAUGAGAUGUCAUUGCAGGAUAAGAAAUAAUCUAUAACCUCACGAGAGACAAAGAGCCAGUUGCUUAGGCAGUGUCUAGCAGAAUAACCACACGUCUGUAUGCCAACUAGAUCAGUGAAAUACAGGUUAAAAAUAGCCCUCAAAAAGACGGAGGGGUUGUUUUUAACCUGGAUUGCUUCGCUGAUCUCAUUUACAGCCCAGCACCACAAAUGUUUGUGCCAGCACAACAAAGAGGAUGGUGAACUGUAGUGUGGGGCAGGAAUGUCCCAAACUUUCCUUGUUGCUAAGGAAAAGGUAAGUAGAUGCACCCAAAGAGACACUUCCAGAACACCCAAGCAAACGCACACAGGCUAGCCCGGGGGGAACCAAGGGUCAGAGCUGUUACUGCCCUUCCUGGACCCUCCAGAAGGAGCAGCCUGGGGUCCGGCCCCCCCCCCCCCCCCCCCCCCCGCCACUACUGGCCCUCCAUCCUUGCAGCUACAUGGAAAAUCCUUCGCACUGGUCUGGUGGAGCUGCCAACCUGACCGUUGUCUGAAAUAAGAUGCAAUCAGUUGCUAAAGGGGAUUUCCUUUUGAACGCAGGGGCCUGCUUGGCCCGGGCAGCUCAUGCACUUCACGGCCGGCUGUUGAGGGAGGUUGCUCCUCACCUGGUUCCUCUUUGUGGAGCACCCUAUUACCAAGGUGUGACACCACCCCACCCCCUCGGUUUGCCCCGAGGGCCUCAAACGCAGACCAGCACUUCUAACAGACAUUGCAGAUUAGCUGUUCAUUUAUACAAACAGAUACGUCUGUCUGUGGCAUGAUAGCAUUAACUCCUUCCUCCUCCUGUGACACCGCGCUUACCCAGCCAGAGCUGCCAUCAUGGUGUCGCGCAGCAGAAGGGGAUGAAGGAGUGAUUCCUUCUGGGUCCCCUUCCUCCCAGUGAGAGCUGUUGUCUAGAUCUGGGAAUAAAACUUAAUGCGAACCACGUA